AUGAAUCUGUGGCACUUUUUAGUUGGCUUUCUCGCUCAGGUCUCCCAGUCCCAAUUCACCAGUAAAGUCUCCCAGGCCAUCCCAGGAGCAAUCAUCUCAUACAAAGAAACCAUUGCAUGCAGCUCUACCUCGACCGUUGUCUCCUACAGCGGCUAUGUCCGCUGGAAUAGCAUCGUUGUUCCUGGGGCAGCUUACAACACUUCGACAUUCUUCUGGUUCUUCCCCGCACGAAAUCCUGCUGGAGCAAACCUUGCACUGUACCUCGCCGGUGGUCCUGGCGAAGCUUCUAGUUUCGCUGCACUGACCGAGAACGGUCCUUGUGUUGCUCAAAAAGAUGGAAACACCGCUAUCCCCAACCCGUUUUCUUUCAAUCAGAACGCCCAUGUGCUAUAUGUGGAUCAGCCGAAUCAAGUUGGCUUCAGCUACGAUGAGAUUGUAGACGGGGUAUUCAAUGUGUUUGGGGGGCAGGCUGGGUCAGGAGCUAUCGAAGUGGGCGCUACGAGGUCAAACAUGACGAACAUCAAGGGGAAGUUUCCGAGCCAGAAUCCGGAUACAACGGCGAGAACCUCGACGAUGGCUGCGAAAAGUAUGUGUUUUGGUUAUGGCGGCAUGUACGUGGCGACCUUGGCGACCUACAUCCUUCGCACCAAUUUGAAACUUCCUGUCAAGGCAGGUGCGACAUUCAAGGACAUUUUCAUUCCUUCAGUCGGUAUCACAAACGGCUGUAUCGACAUCGAAGCUCAAGGCUCAGCCUAUGCAAGCCUCCCCUAUAAUAACACGUACAACAAUGCGAACGGCACCCCUUUCCGACUUUACUCCAAGGCCCAGUACGACGCGAUUGUGCGCACUUCCAAAGGACCAGGUGGAUGUUUCGAUCAAGUACAGGAGUGCCGCAAGCUGAGAGCUGCCAAUGACCCAAGAGACGAAGGCAAGGAUGAAGCCACGAAUACAGCAUGUGUGACUGCGGCUGGUAUUUGCAACAAAUCUCUCCUCGGUCCUUUCUUCAGCACCGCAGUAGCCCGCAGCCAGUUCGAUAUUGGCUUGAAUCCAGCAAAUCCGAACCCACCAACAUAUGCAGCUUCGUUCUUGAACAAGCCUAGCACUAGGGAUAGCUUGGGAGUGCCAGCUGGGCUCAACUACACUCUCUACUCUAGCACGGUCUUUAAUAACUUCUAUGGUGGUACUGGUGAUCCUAUGAGGAAGGGUAGCGAUGACUUGAUGUACUUGUUAAACCAAGACACACGAGUUGCCAUGAUCUACGGCGACCGAGACUGGAGAUGCAAUUGGCUCGGCGCCGAAAAUCUUACACUGUCCCUGCCCUGGUCGCCCUACCCCUCUUCUACCGGCCGCUUCACUUCCAGCGGCUACGUCCCGUUUCAACUCCCGUCAUCCACCCGCCCAACCGCAGUAACACGCCAACAUACGCUGCUCUCCUUCACGCGUGUCUUCGACGCCGGUCACGCAGUCAGUUGGUACCAGCCCGCAACUGUCCAAGCGAUAUUCAACCGCGUAAUCCGCGACCUCGACGUCGCCACAGGAAUCGAUCCGGGCUCCCGCACCAUCACGAAAGGCAAACCGGACAGCUGGAGCUGGCGAUCUGUACUACCUGCUCCUCCAUCUACUGUGGAAUGUAGUCUGUGGAAUGUAGCAAGUUCGUGUACGCAGGCACAAGUAGGAGCACUGGAGGCGGGGACUGCGAAGGUGGAUGGAGGGUGGAGGGUUGUGUGGCCGGUAAAGUGA